GAGCAAAGCCACAACUUAAAGGCUACGCCGCUAAUGUAACAACAGCUUCAGCUAUCUCAUGUUGCAUCUGAUUCUGUUAUUUCUUUUUGUGUGUGUAUGAGUGAAAUGAAUGUGAGUCGACCAAAACAUUGCUAAUUUAGCCUCAGAGAUAUCUCUACAUUAGAGGUAUUUCCACUCUGAGUAAAUCCUUAUAAAUGCCGAAUUUACAAAAUCGACUAUCCCUCGGUGGAGAGAAUUGAUCAAUUUCGUCAGUAUUACUCUUGCCGGACUUUAAUAUUAACGGGACAGGUUUCCGGUAGAGUUGCCAGUUGGGAAUUAGGAAGUCAACAUGUCGACUCUGUACAAGAACAGGAUUGAAGAAUUCAGGAUUGCUUUAAAUGAACCAAAGAUCAGCCUCACAAAACUUCGGGAGCUCUGUUUCAGUGGAAUUCCAUUUGAAGGAGGGCUGCGCUCACUUUGCUGGAAGAUCCUCCUCAAUUACCUUCCCACAGAGCAGGCUCAGUGGAAUUCCUCCUUGAAGAAACAAAGGGAAAUUUAUGCACAGUUCUUGAAGGAAAUGAUCAUCCAGCCCGGCAUUGCCAGGGCAAAUUUGGGUUUCUUCCGAGAGGAUGUCACGUUAGAAGACCAUCCCUUGAAUCCAAACCCUGAUAGUCAAUGGAACACUUACUUUAAAGACAACGAGGUUCUACUGCAAAUUGACAAAGAUGUCCGACGACUAUAUCCAGACAUGGCAUUUUUCCAGCGGCCCACUGACUAUCCAUGCCUUCUGAUUAUGGAUCCCCAAAAUGAAUUUGAAACACUUCGAAAGCGGGUAGAGCAAACCACCUUGAAAUCCCAGACAGUUGCACAUAAUCGGAGUGGUGUCACAAAUGUUUGCUCCCCUCGCAAAACCACCUCUGCCAAUGAAUAUGAAGUGCUUCCCAAUGGCUGCGAGGCUCACUGGGAGGUGGUUGAGAGAAUCCUAUUCAUUUAUGCCAAGCUGAACCCAGGAAUCGCUUAUGUACAGGGCAUGAAUGAGAUUGUGGGUCCAAUUUACUAUACCUUUGCUACCGAUCCGAACACAGAGUGGAAAGAACAUGCAGAAGCAGACACAUUUUUCUGUUUUACAAACCUGAUGUCAGAGAUCAGGGACAAUUUCAUCAAGAGCCUAGAUGACUCGCAGUGUGGGAUCACUUGUAAAAUGGAGAAAGUUUACUCUACACUGAAGGAGAAAGACAUGGAUCUGUAUCUCAAACUGCAAGAGCAGAAUAUCAAACCACAAUUUUUUGCCUUUCGCUGGCUCACACUACUGCUAUCACAGGAGUUCCUUCUUCCUGACGUUAUCCGAAUAUGGGAUUCCCUCUUCUCUGACGUUGACAGAUUUGAUUUCCUCAUCCUAGUUUGCUGUGCCAUGUUGACUUUGAUUCGAGAUCAGUUGCUUGCUGGAGACUUCACAAUAAACAUGAGACUGCUACAGACAGUGGGUUCCUUUCGAAAAGCAGCACGCUGGGAAGUACCUUUGAAUCCCAUCUCCAAAGAUCAGGUGGGGGAUUACACUGUCCCAAAGGCCCAGUAUUUGGAUUAUCCGAUUUCUGAUGUUGACCUGAUCCUGAAGAAAGCAAAAGAACUACAGGACACAGCAUAGCAACACUGCAAAUCUGCUCAGUAUUCCAGAAACUGCCAGUCACGCACAUACAGUGAAUACAUGUUGUGAAGGUGAUCAACUUGCCUCUGCAGUGCCUUCUGAGAAAACAUCUCCACACUGCUAUGCAGUGUGUGGCUAAAGAGGUCUAUUACUCUGUACUGUGCAAUCCUGUGAUUCCUUGUCUUAUCCCAUUUGUGUCCCCCUUCCCAUCCUGCCUCCCAACCCCCAUGGGGAAAAGUCUUGCUGUUUCUCUCUUGCUCUCUCUCUCUGUUGUGAAUUGAUGUGCACUACUGGUGCUAAUUAUGAUGUCUGUAUGUUGGUAUGUAUUUAAAUUUGCACUCCAAAUGAAAGCAAUGACCUUUCCUCUAAUGAAAGAGUAUGGCAGAAGAUGUUAAUGAACCAACUAUUAUCACAGAGCUAAAGGAAGCAAAAGCACAAUUCUAGAUUGGUUUGCUCUCUUUAUUACUGUGGUAGAGGUCUCUAGAUUUGGUUUGUGACAGAUUGACCAGAAGGUGAAAUAUCAGUCACUAAAUCAGGUACUUCAAUCAUAACUGUGCAAACCAAACAAAAAAAAAACACUUAAUAGGAUGAUGCUUUGAAAGGCAUACUAUAAACUCCUCACUGUCUUGAAUGUUGAAACACAGUGAGGUUUGGUAGACUUUCAGUACCUACAAAAGUGUGGCCACAAGAAAUGAAAGUCUUGUUGUGUUUUGAGGGACCAGGAGGUGAUUGAAUAAAUAUUUAUCUGGCAUUGAGGUAAUAUUUUACAGGUCUGCCACACUGCGUGUGAUAGGCAAUAUUGUCAUAAUGCCCUACACAAAAAUAUUGAUCAAGUUUUUUCUUAAUUUUUACUACAGUAUUGUGCAACAUUUGAAUUAUUAUAAGGAUUUUCACACUGAUUGCAAGACCAGAGUAAGAUCUGAUAAUUGCUGAUGAUUUGGACAAAAUGCAAAAUGUUUUGUUCUUGACAUUUCAGCUGCUGUAUCAAAGCUAAGUGAACUCACACUAAGGACUGAUUUGCUGAAUUUCAUAUAAGUCAGUGGUCACAUCACCACGUUUACACCUGUACUUAAGAGUUGUAUUACCCUCCCAUGUGAAACUGUACAAUAUUUUAGUGGCUAUAUUUAGUGUUACCUUGGGGUGAGUGGUAGAAAGGGUUAAAAAAAUAAGGAGUUUUGGGUUGCAGUGAAAUAAUUUCUCUUAAAUUUACACCAUUACCUGAUUAUUUUUAUAUGUUUAAAACAGUGUUGUUGAAGUUUCUGUUUCUAAAGAAAUAAUUAACAGUUAUAAAAGGUUUAAGCCAAGGUCUAAAGCAUACAAAUAAUUUGCAUAUGUAGCAAAAAAUCAGAAUUUGCCAAGGUUGAUCUUUAAAUGUUUACUCCUAUAUAGCUAAUUCCAGCUUUCUUUAAGUUUUUGCAGGUUUUUAUUUUCUUCAUUACCUACUUGACAUCUCUAUUGAGGGGAGAAAAAACUUCACUUCUCACAAAGUGACCAGAUCACUGAGAUGAUGCCAGAAUCAUUAGAACUUGUAAAACAUCUAGGGAAUAUUCCCGUUUCUAUCCCUGACAUUGAUUUCUUUACUUUUUAAAAUGGGUCACCAAGAUGAGACUAAGCCAAGCUUGAUCAAUAUUUGUCUAUCAUCAUAACUGAAUUUAAGUUAUCUCCUAUUAGGUUCACUUAUAAACUUGGAUUUGACUUGCCCUGACUUAAUUGCAAACAAAUCAUUUAUACAAUUGCUCAUGUAAAAUCAUAUAACACUUGAAUUGGUUAGACUAAAGUUAUCAUUGAAUUCCUUUCAUUGGUUUUCAUCAAACAAUUAUAUUGCGAAAGUAUGAAAGCAACACAAAAUAUUUUGGGAUGUGUGCAUUGUUCCAGAAAAUAUCACCCCUUUUUUAACGUUUACAAUGUUUGCAUGGAUCUACAAGCAUCUUAGAUUUCUAUUAGUCUCCAGUCUAAGUAAUUUUAAGGUUUGUGUUUUGAUAAUUAGGCCAUUCAAUUUAUGAUAGUUCAAAGUCCCACAAUUUCUUCUUCACAUCAUUGCUUUAAUCAGACACCACCCCUUCCUAAUACUGAAAGUUCUAGUUGUGUUUUCAUUUUGAGGUGCUAGGGUUGCCUCUUUAUCCACCAAACAGUAAAGUGUAAUUUCAUGUAAUUAUACAGUUAUGCCUGUUGAUCUUGUAUUUGGUCAAUUCUCUGUUAUCCAUCUUAACAUUUUUCAAAAUAAAAAAAAAACCUGAAUGGAACAGUCGGCAAGCAGAAAAUUGCAAGACUAACUGAAAACCUCAAGUGUUGGGUGGGUAAAAGGAUCAGUAAUGUUAAAAAUACAAUUAGUAAAGGAAGGAACUAAAGAUUCAGCAGCCUGCAGUCAAAAUGUGACUGAAAUUUCUACUGUAAUGCUUUCACAUGGAUCACAUCCUUUGACAAUUGCAUCUUCAGGGUUUGUCAUUAUGAUAUGAUGUCAAGAUGUUAUAUUCUGUUGCUUUAGAACACCAUUCUGAACUGCUUGUUCUUCCUCCUGUUGUAUCCAUCUCUGAUCACCGCAUUUCAUUCUCUAUGAAAUGAGGGUUUGCUUGUCGUUUCAAAGGAAGCCAGAACCCUUGCUUGUUUGUUCAACAUUGCAGAAGUCAUUGUACUGUGCAUAUAAAUAUUACACAGUGUAAGCUAAUUUCACCUGGAAGUAUUCAUAUACUGUACUUGUUUUCAAGGAUUGCAGAGAGAAUCUCGUGGGGCAUGGACUCUAUAUAGGUCUGGUGAAAUUCCAGUUCCCUUUAAUUUAGAUGUAUCCAUCAAAUUCACAACACUUGAGAAUGAAAUAAACCUUUCCAAUCCUAUGAAUUAGCCCUAUGAAUUUGAAGAGAUAAUUCAAUCCCUCAGAUCUUCAUUUCUAUUUGUUGAAUUGUGUCCAAAUUGUACCUUAACUCAGUGUACCUGCUUUUGAUUCUGUUAUAUUACCAAACAAAAAUAGUGGAAUCUUGCUCUUGAAAUAUUCUAUCCAUCAAUCAUUUCUAGACAUUUGGUAUUCUGACACUAUGCCUAAAUAUCAUGGUAUCAGUUUAUGGUUAUUUGCUUAUUCUGCACAACAUCAAAAUAAAUAGUUUUCCUCUGUCAGUCCAGUAACAUAAUUUGGUCAUCUUUCAAGGGGACAAACCAUAGAAAAUAGGAAGUGUUGCAGAAAGAUUUCCUAGGCUGUGGAAGUUUCCUGACCAUGGCAGGAAAUUUUGAGACUUUAUAUCAUAACACUAGCAGUAGGAUGAUGCACUUGAGGACUAGAUAUUCCCUCCCACAGCUUCUCAUCAAAAGAAAAUUCCAAAUAACUCUGUUACUUUUCAGAGUAAUUAUAAUUCAUAACAUCUUUAAUUUUAUAUUAAGCUCGCCAUUGUCUGCCACAGCCUUAAUCUUACUUGUUGCUGUUUCAGUUCCCAUUGUUAUUUGGUCUCCCAUGUCUCCUUAUUUAAUGAAGCCCCUUUCAACCCCUCUCCAGACCACACGUUCUAGGAUCUCCACUUUUUUUUUGCUGACGUGGCUGGUAAAAUCCAUAAAUAAAUACCAAAAUGCCAAUGGGGAAAAUAUUGUGACCUGAGUAUUUUGUUCACACUUCCAUCUUCUGUUCCACUUUUAGUACCAGAGAGCAAAGGGCAUAUAUUGCUAAUGUGACAAAUUAUUUUUAUGCUUGCAACUGCACAACUGAUUAUGGGUAAAAUACAAUACAACGGUUUGCUAUAUUCUGUGCAGUGUCAAAUUCAAAUUGGUCUGAAUUUAAGCAUUUAAUGUACAGAGUGCAUAUUUUGACUAAUGGUACAUAGCUUUGUGUUUGAAAUAUUUUUAUUAGGAAUGCAAUGAAUAGCAAGACUUUUUAAAAGUCUUACUUUGGUGAAUGUUGUUUGGGGUUUUAGUUUCAAAAGACUGGUAACAUACUCAUUAUUUCUCUCUGUGGAUCUCUGGGAAAGACAAAAUGUGCUUAAAGCUUGGGUAAAGAAAUAGUCACCAUCACUGCAAGAAUAGAGUGGUCAUACAGAGAAAAUUGACAGUGCCCUGUGACUGCAGUAGCGAUCCCGGUUUUACAUACAUUGUGUCUGUCAGCUUGUUCUAUUUAUCUGUCCAGCACAUACAUCUUAAAUGCAUGCAAAUGCUUACUUCUGAACUAUAUCUGCCUUUCUUUAUCUUAACCUUACACAAGUUGUAACAAGUAUUCUGCAUCUACCUUGUGUACUCUAUCUGCUUACCCAUGGGCAUUGUCUCUCAUAUUGUACAUGCCUCCUGUUUCGUGAACACCAUGGUUACAAGCUUGUGGCCUGUAACUGUUGGUUUCAUUCCUGACAUGAGACAACAUAAAUUGUCUUUCAUGUACAGUGUCUGUGUCUGUUUCUCGCUCAUCACACAUUUGUGUCACGCUCAGAACUGUCCCUUUGUAGGUGUUGGGGAGAAGUGCUGGGCAAACAAAGGCUGUUAAAUAAUUAGCAAUGGAAAGACUUGUUUCCGCCAUUGUGUGGUGUUAUUUAAAGGUAAGAAUAUGGUUAGAAUCAUGUUUAUUUCUGUGAAGACUUCUGUAGUGCUUAUGCUACAGAGUCAAGCAGGGCAUGUUAAUGCUAAUGACUGGCCAAAACACUUCCAUUGAGUGGUUUUACCUAAAUGUAGUAUCUGUCAGACCGGGAUUUUUUAGUAGCACCAGUUGCAAUUGAGUUUGUUGUUUCUUUGUUGUAUCAGGAUUAGAAUGUGGGAGUUUUUGUGGCAUAUUCCAUCUAAAGGUAAAGCCCUUUGUUUAUGGGGUAAAUGAAGAUGUUGAGAAUUGGGAAACUGAUUUAAUGCUUUUACUUGUGACACUUGCACUUGGCUAUCCUGAGAGGCUGUUGAUAGAGGUGGAGGAUUACAUGGGAUUUGUUGGUACAUUUUCUGGAUGUGGACAAGAAAGCUUCAUUCUGUUUCCAGGGUGUAUCUGGAACUGGAUAAGGGUGUAUUCCAGCAAUCAAUAGAAGGAUAAUGGUACUCCUGAUUCCAAAGUUAAACAGUUAAAAUGCUGCAUUUUUUGCUAGCUUGGAAAUGGAAUUAGUAAUUCCAGUAGAGUUCCUGGGAAUUAUUCCCAGAACAGAAAGUGACCUUAACAAAUUGUGUUUUUUAAGCAAAAUAUGUUGUGUGCAUGGUGAUAGUGGUGGAAGGGAAGGAAGGAAAAAAGGCAAGCCAAGGCGACAGGUAAAUGAAAGGCAUGCAAUACCCCCAAGAUAGCUUAAUUUUGAGUUAAAUGUCAGCAAUUGGAUUCGCCUCCCACAAUCCUGUAAUAAUCAUAAAAAACAUUGAACACUUGGGGCUGAAUUGAGUUUGAAGGCAAAGAGGCGAGUUAAGCAACCACUGUAUAUGGAAUUAUUCUCUAAUCAUGUUCCUUUCACAAUUUCUGAUGUUGCCAUGACACCCAUGGAAUCCUAUGUCAAGCAAAACUAUUGAUACAUUUAUAAGUGUUACCCUACUUUAAACGGUUACAUGUGCUAUCAGCAUCAUAAGAGUGGCAUAAAUGGUUUGCUGCCAUUCCAUGCAUCUGCAUGUGUUUUCAUUAAAUUAUUUGAGGAAUUAAUUACAGAAUUGACUAAGGCUACAAUGGAAUGUAGGAAAUUACAAUGCAGGAAGGAUUACGUGUCAUUUGCUAGUUAUGAUAUACGUAUAUAAACUGGAAUAUAUUGCAUUGUAAGGGCCAGUAAACUUUUUUUGCAUCAUUAAUAAUAUAAACUUUUAUUUUAUGCCUGAUAAUUGCCAUUUAUUGCGUGGCAAGUUUAUAGUUUGCUGCAUUUUGCACAGGUCAAAAAAAAUCUACAUCAAUUAGUUUAAUGUGUCAGAAAUGCAACAAGAAUUACAGCUGCAAUACAAACUUUAUAUUUACAGAGCAAAUACAAGACUACGUUAUACAAAGGGAUUUUUUUCUACUCAUUAUGACCUUGGAUUAACAUUGCCUCCCCUCCUCCAGCCAUGCGUUAUCAUUCAACCAAUGGUCACUGUAAAUUUAAGCAGGGUUCAUUAUCUAAAUGCCUCCAUUUUUAAAGAAUUAAUCCCUGGCUCAUCUGCAAACCAUUAGUGUCUAGCACCUUAUGAAGGUUUUUGGGGGGAAGGGUCAUCUCAUUUGGGUCUCUUCCAUAUAAGCUCUCAAUUGUGUUUUGUUUCAAUGAAGGUUUAAUUAAUAUGAUAUUCCAAUGACUGUUAUUAAUGUUUUCCCAAAAUGAUGUGCACUUGUAUUUAAAAAGAAUUUACAAAUUGUGUUUAAUGUCUACAUUGGAAUUUUACAAUGGAAACCAAUUGUUAGCGUAUUUUGUUCAAAGUGCACAUGGUUAAUUGUUGUUUUUGAAAAUAAAUUUAAAAAUAUA